AAUUGUUAAUAUGGACAUGGUAAAAGGACUAAUAACCGUAUUUUGGAUAUCUAACUAUGGUCUACAUUCUCUAGCUCUAGAAUGUCAAUUAAAACAGGAAAUAAAGGUAAUAAAUAACAAAUCUAAUGACUGUUUUCGGGAGUGUGAGUUUCCGGCCAGGCCGAGGGAGUGUGGAUAUGAAUUUACGAUGGUGUGGAGUUCUACAAUGGCAGCGCCAUGUCUCGAAUGUCCAGAAAGUCUCGUGGAUUGCGAGGCCCCUCAGUGUAUUUCGACCGAUGGCUCAUUUCGUGCUGUCAUUACAACCAAUGAUUUGACACCAGGUCCAAGCAUACAGGUAUGUCAUGGUGAUAUAAUCCGUGUCAAGGUUAACAAUUAUCUACAAGAUGGCGCUGGGCUGACAAUUCAUUGGCACGGCAUCCAUCAAAUUGAUACAAUUUGGGCGGAUGGUGUUCCGAUGAUUACCCAAUGUCCCAUACCCUCUGCAACGUCAUUCGUGUACAAGUUUGUUGCAGACCCGCCCGGUACUCACUGGUGGCACUCUCACAAUGGUGUUCAGAGAGGCGACGGAGCGUACGGAGCAUUGAUUGUAAGGGUACCGAGACAGACGGAGAUCAACAGGAAAGAGUAUGACUUUGAUCUACAAGAACAUAGUAUUCUCAUAAUCGACUGGAUGAGUAUUUUGUCUUUAGAUCCUCUCAUGUUAGCGUCUGAAAAUGCUGUGCCUUCACAUCCACAUACGUUAACUUUAUUGACGAAUGGAAAGGGAGACAAUACAGAUACUCCAAGCGACACUCCUCUUACCGUGUUUGAAGUGCAAGAGGGCUUUAGAUAUCGAAUGCGAUUGGUUAACAGUGCGUUUGGUGAAUGUAACGUACAACUAACGAUCGAGUCCCAUCCCUUUACUAUUAUAGCUACUGAUGGAUAUGAGCUUAGUCCCGUCAACGUGGAUUCACUCAUUCUAACCCCAGGCGAAAGGAUAGAUUUGGUUAUAGAGGCAUCUUCAACACUAAAGUCAGCUUACUGUAUAUAUCUAACUACAAGUCCGCACGAAAUGUGUCCAGCAAGUGGAACUGCUAUUUUAAAGUACAAACAUGCACAUGAUGCAGUGAAAAUUAAUUCUUGUGCAAGUCCACCAGUUAAUGGAAGCUUAUUUUCAACUCGUGAAUUCAGCAACGAUGUGAAUUAUACAGAUACAUUUACUUUCAGGGAGACGUAUGCGUACCGUGGUGGAGCUUGUUGUGAUCGACAGCUUCAAAAUUUCCGAACAUCCUAUGCAUUUACACGGACAGUCGUUCAGAGUUCUUGCUCAGGGGAAAAUGGACAACAUGUCAAUGACCGCUGAUGAUAUAAUUGAAUUUGACAAGAAUGUUGGUAUUCCGAGAAUUGCUCUAAAUUCAUCAGUUGUAAAGGAUACAUUAAACAUUCCCACGGGUGGCUACGCCAUCAUCAGAUGGAAGGCAGAAAAUCCGGGUUACUGGUUCUUCCAUUGUCACAAUGAAUUCCACGCGCUGUUGGGAAUGACAAUGGUCAUCCAAGUUGGUGAAGAUGACGAAAUUCCACAACCACCGAAAAAUUUCCCGUCAUGCGGACCAUGGUCACCUGAUUAAGU